AUCAACAUUGUAAGGCCUCAGUUCAACUAAACUCAACACCAACACUUGCCAUACCUAUCAUAUCUACACAGUAAAUAUGGCUCUCCCUCCUAAAUUCGCCGGGCAGAAGCUCCAAUUCGCUCACCCUCCCGCCUCAGACUCAGGCGUCGCCCACACAACUCACACCCUCGAGUUCUACCUCGACUACUGCUGUCCCUUCUCAGCCAAGAUCUUCCGCACCCUCCGCUCCGACGUGAUCCCCGCCAUCAAAUCCAACGAACACUGGGCCUCGAGCCUCACCUUUAUCUUCCGCCAGCAGGUCCAGCCAUGGCACCCUUCGUCAACCCUGAUGCACGAGGCCGGCCUGGCAGUCUUGCGUCUCGCACCUGAGCGCUUCUGGGACUUUAGCGCAGCGCUGUUUGACGAGCAAAAGGCAUUUUUUGACGUAUCCGUCGUCAACGAGACCCGCAAUGAUACUUAUCGUCGUCUGGCAAAGAUUGCGGCAAAAUCGGGCAUUGAUGAGAAUAAAGUGUACGAGCUGCUUGUGAUUCCUGACAAGGCGGGGGAUGAUGGAGCGUUGAAUGCGGGGAAUCAGGUCACCAACGACCUCAAGGUUAUCACCAAGAUGAACCGUCUGGUUGGUGUGCAUGUUACGCCUACUGCUGUGUUUGACGGUGUGGUUCAGGAUGUUAGCUCUGGUUGGAACAAGGACCAGUGGGUUGAGUGGUUGCAAAAGAACGUUGUUUGACUGCCAUUGGAGGGCAACAAACGUACGAGCCAUAAGCUCUGAUAGUAAAGAGCUGUACAUACAACACAAUUGAAGUUGUCACCAUCUG